CCUGGGUUCCGAAUGGGUUCUGCAGUGAGGCCUCUAGAGUCUCCACAGCAAAGGGCAGAAUAAUGUGAUUGGGGAUAUAGAGUGCCAAGGCUGAGCUAAAGAAAGGGCAAGGCUUGGAAUUGAACCCAGGAAGCUUCCUGGAGGAGGAGGCGGGGCUGGCUUGGUAGAACAAAGGGAGGGGUGGAUUUUCUUGCUGGUGAAAAGAGAUUGAGUGGGAGGUUCAGGGAAGAGUGCAAACAUCCUUCCCCUCUCUCCCCCUAGCCCUGGGGCUCCUUCUCUGCUCCUUCCCGGCCGGGUUUGGGGGCGCUCGGGAGGGUGACGGCAGGGUCCUCGAGGCCCAGCCCGGCGGUGGGGGCGCGGCCGGCAGGAGCUCCCUCCCUGCUCCAGGAGCCGGCUGAGCGCGCCCCGCGGGGGGCUCCGCAGCCCUUACAAGGAAUUUGGUGGCGCUUGGGGUGGCCCCGCCCGCCAGGCUCCACCGGCCCCUCCUCCCCGCGGGGUGGCAGCCCGCUGGACGCGGGGCCGAGGGCGCGGACGCCGACGGGUCCGGGGCCGCGCGCUCCAGGGAAGCCUGCAUCCCGCUCCCCUGGGCCCCGACGGGCGGGCGCACUGCGCGGGGCCCACCGGCCGCAGACCUGCGUGGCCGUCCAGGGCGUCGCCAUGUCCUCGGUGUUUGGAAAACCCCGCGCGGGCAGCGGGCCUCAGAGCGCGCCCCUCGAGGUCAAUCUGGCCAUCCUGGGGCGCCGCGGGGCUGGCAAGUCUGCCCUGACCGUGAAGUUUCUGACCAAGAGGUUUAUCAGUGAAUAUGACCCCAACUUGGAGGACACCUACAGCUCCGAGGAGACUGUGGACCACCAGCCUGUCCACCUGAGGGUCAUGGACACUGCAGACCUGGACACCCCCAGGAACUGCGAGCGCUACCUGAACUGGGCCCAUGCCUUCCUGGUGGUGUACAGCGUCGACAGCCGCCAGAGCUUUGAUAGCAGCAGCAGCUACCUGGAGCUGCUUGCCUUGCACGCGAAGGAGACACAGCGCAGCAUCCCUGCCCUGCUGCUGGGCAACAAGCUGGACAUGGCUCAGUACAGGCAAGUCACCAAGGCAGAGGGUGUGGCUUUGGCAGGCAGGUUUGGGUGCCUGUUUUUCGAGGUCUCUGCCUGUCUGGACUUUGAGCACGUGCAGCAUGUCUUCCAUGAGGCAGUGCGAGAGGCACGGCGGGAGCUGGAGAAGAGCCCCCUGACCCGGCCCCUCUUCAUCUCCGAGGAGAGGGCCCUGCCCCACCAGGCCCCGCUCACCGCCCGGCAUGGGCUGGCCAGCUGCACCUUCAACACGCUCUCCACCGUCAGCCUGAAGGAGAUGCCCACUGUGGCCCAGGCCAAGCUGGUCACUGUGAAGUCAUCCCGGGCCCAGAGCAAGCGCAAGGCGCCUACCCUGACCCUCCUGAAGGGCUUCAAGAUCUUCUGAGGGCCCCUCCCCAGGAAGCCUAGGCUCGGUGGCUGGACAGGACUGCAGCGGGACAGGGGCUGGCUUCUCACCACCGGCCUUUCCGUCUGAUGGACAGCAGACCCCGCCUCCAGCACCAAGCAGUGUCCCUACACUCAAUUCACUGUGUGAGCUGGAGUGGCAGGCAGGGAUGCUGCUUCUGUUCCCUCCAGGCCUUGGUCUUCACGGUAACCACCGCGUCUGUGGCCGUAGGGGGAAACAGCCACUGUGACAACCCAGAGACCUGGGGUCAGCCUUAAGUAGGAAGAAAUUGCAGUGUCUAUCCUGCUGCCAUCAGCCCUUCCUGCUCCAGCUACAGUUGGGCCAGCUGUGGCCUUAGUGCAUGGUCUGGGUGGAUAGCUCUUGUCAAUGUCAGGCCCGAGAACAGCCUGCGGAAUGACAGCCUGGGGUCCUUGUGCCACCUGGUGGACGGGAAAGGCAGGGGGGCUGCAGUUUCAGAGGCCAGAGCCUGGCCCUCCUGUCAUCUGCUGACUUCACAGAAGGCCCAGGCUACAAACCCCACAGUUUAUCCAAGGAAAAUCUAGUUAAAAUAAUCCAAUGGACAGAAGCCCCAGGAAGGGGUAUUUCCAACACUUGGCGUCUCAAUGAGGGUAAAAGGGAGGGACUGUAGGUUGUCCAAUGUAAGGAGCCCCAGAGUUCUUUCACCAGCAGACAGAUUCCCCAUGUGUUUUCCCACUGUUAAGGACUCUGUCCAAAGAACCUCAGCAUCAGCUCCCUCAAGCUUAAUGAUCCAGGCUGCAGAAGAAAGUUGUCACUCCAGUGAGUUACCCAGGGCUCCAGGGAGCCCACAGCAGCAUCAGACCCAUCCAGGGGCUACAGGGCCUGCCCCCCUGCAGGUAGAAACACAGUAUACCCGUUUGUCACCUGGUUUGGCAGGACCCAGGACCCUCAGCAAUGAGUCUGAGUGUUCAAAGCCCACUUUAGAACCUAAAGCAUUUUGGGUUAAUAAAGCAAAAUUUUGCAUAUGUUAUUUGGUGGUGUCACCGCAGCUUAUACCAAGACACCAUGGCUCAGACUUGGGAUCAGGACACACCUUUGAGAUCCCACUGUUAGCAAGAAAAGGCUGUCCAAGGCAGGCAGUGUGGUAGUUGUCUGAUUUUGUUUACCACACGCCAGGUCCCAGGGAAGUCUUGCACAGACUCUUAGCAGACAAGCAGGGAAAGGAGAGGGUCCUGGUGGGUGGAAGGAUUGGGAAGGGGAUUCUGGGCCUGGAAGCCUGCUCCUUCCCCUCUCAGCAGUCUCAGGACUACUGUUGGAUUGCAAACAGCAUCUCUGACCCAGUCUUCGGACUCAUUCUGUAAAUGGAGGAGCUGAGGUCAGAGGGGGGCUGUGAACUACUCAAGACCACAUGCUUGGAGUCCUAGCCAGGCUUCCCGACCCACAGGCCAGCUACGGAUUUUGCACUUUUGCUCCAGGCCACUUGUGUGUGUAUGUGUGUGUGUACCACUGCCAUCUGAACAAACUAUGCAAUACCACCUGCUCACUUCCAGGAGCAUUUUAAUAAAAGAUUUUUUUUAAUAACAGAA